GCUAAACUCACGUGCCUUUCCUCUUCCUAGAAGGCGGUGCCUGUUUGGUUGUUACCUCCUGGUGAAGGGGUUGUUGUUGUUAGUGUGGAAGUUUAAAAAAGAAAAAAGAAGUCCUCUAAAAUGGGAGCCCGAGAUGAUGAAUACGAUUACUUGUUCAAAGUUGUACUAAUCGGAGACUCUGGAGUCGGGAAAAGUAAUCUGCUGUCCCGUUUCACAAGAAAUGAGUUCAACCUGGAGAGCAAGAGCACCAUUGGGGUGGAGUUUGCCACCCGAAGCAUCCAGGUGGACGGCAAGACAAUAAAGGCUCAAAUCUGGGACACAGCUGGGCAGGAGCGCUACAGAGCCAUCACCUCAGCGUAUUAUCGGGGUGCAGUCGGGGCUCUCCUAGUUUACGAUAUUGCCAAACACCUGACGUAUGAGAAUGUGGACCGCUGGCUGAAGGAGCUGAGGGACCACGCUGACAACAACAUCGUCAUUAUGUUGGUUGGAAACAAGAGCGACCUCCGACAUCUCAGAGCCGUGCCCACUGAUGAAGCCCGAGCAUUUGCAGAAAAGAACACUCUUUCGUUUAUUGAAACUUCAGCCUUGGACUCCACUAACGUAGAAGAAGCAUUCAAGAGCAUUCUCACGGAAAUCUACCGCAUCGUCUCUCAGAAGCAAAUAUCAGACAGAUCUGGACACGAAGAUUCUCCAGGCAACAAUGUAGUGGACAUAAGUGUCCCCCCAACCAUGGACGGGCAGAAGGGCAAUAAACUCCCUUGCUGCCAAAGCCUGUGACCCUCAUAUUUUCUUUUCCUGGUUGACUUUGUGUCAGUGUUUUCUGUAUUCCCCUCUACUGUCAGGAUGCUGUCACUUUGCCCUUGUGGGUUCAGAAGUGUUUGACACAGAGACUCUUAGAUUUGAUAUUCCUUUUUGCUGUUUUCUUUGUUUGCCUGCGUCUCAUGUAAAAAGAACCUGUCUAAAAUAUGAAGACUGAGAAGAAAAACAAUUGUAAGGCUGUUAAGCUAUUAACUACACUCUUUUUAAUUCACUAGAUGAUGAUCCUAUUGACCCACUCCUGUUGAAGGAAUGGUGAGGGAUCAGUAGGCCUGCUUAUCAGUGCUCAGAGUUGUUUCUACUUGCUUCCUUUUUUCAGCCUGAUCUGCUACAGUGGAAUCGCAUUUUCAUGUCGGUUUGACCUGAUUCUGCCUGUCUUGCGAUGCGGGUGUAGAAGAGGCGAUGAGAGGAAGGUUUGUUUGGAGUGCUGAUGUGUAGUCUGUCAAGAGUUUCUGGUUGCCUCUUUAAUUUUAAUUUUCCUCUUUUGAGCUGUGUGCCCACUCUGGCAUGAAAUUAGUAUGAGCUGGGGACCAGACUGGCUAUGACUGACUGACUCAUUAUAGGCAAGCAUGAAACACAUGACAUAUUGUGUGCGUGCGUGCGUGCGUGUGUGUGUGUGCGUGUGCUUGUGCGUGUGCGAGCACAUGCAAGAGUCUUUCUUCACAAACAUACCAAAGGAAAUGGAUGCAAUCAGAUUCAAUUUUGGGGAAUCUCAUUUCAAAAUGUUCAAGGAUGCUACGAUUGCAGAUGAUUGCUAACGGGUCCAGGCUAUUUUCAACAAAUGUGUAAUGCUCCACACAAGUUGCAUUGUUAUAAAUUGUGGUGCAUGAUUUAUUACCUGUGAAAUCAGAGAAUUGGGCUUUUGUUCCUCUCUUGAGUUAGCUAAGGUCAAACUCCAAUUUCAAAAUCAGAUUAUUUUUUGCACUAGAUUCCAGUCAUUUCAGUGGAACAGAUCACUUUAUAUAAGGGGCUUAAAGUCUUUUUCAGGUAACAUUUUCCUUGUGGUUAUAAGGAAAAAGGUGUUGCACUAGAAGUUGCAACAUUUCUGUACUAAAUCAGCUGUUGCUGUCACUGAAUGUGCUGUCUGUUGAACGGAAAUUGAGAAAUGUGUGUAAUCUCAGAACAAAUUUAAUGGAAAGCCAAUAAAUAAACACUCCCCGCUUAAUGCUUUCA